GAGAAAAAGCUGCGCAAGGAGCGAUGGCGGUGUCUCAACCGAGGGUGGAGAAAGACAGCGAGGAUUGCUCUCUUUUGCCUUUAGUUCACGAUGUUAUCAAAUGCAUGGACAAGGAUAAGGAUGGCCAGGAUGUUCAUCAAGAGCUGAUGAAGCUGAAAACAAAGAUUCAGAAAGCUAGGGAGCAAAUCUCCAACAUGCCCGGGAUAGACAGCAGUCCACAGGAGCAGCAGCAGCAGCUGGCCACUCUGAGAGAGCAGGUGCGCACCAAGAACCAACUGCUUCAGAAAUACAAAAGCCUAUGCAUGUUCGAUGUCCCCAAAGCAUCAUAACACUAGUUAGGUUGGACUGGACUUCACAAACUGGAGGGAAAAGUAAAUUGAAACUCAUGCUGGUCAAGGACAUGGCAUACACGGGAUUUUGUUUCCUACAAUGCACGAUAAUUUUGAGGAUCAUUAGUUAUUUUAUUAUUUUUGGAUGUGUUUGAUUCUGUAAAUUUUGUUUGGAUUUUCCAAUCUUGUUUUUUUUUGUAUUAAAACAAUUUUGAAAACCUUA